AUGCACACUAUGCUCACUUUGGUUGUUGUUACUGCUGUUCGUGGUUGGGUUCUUCAUCAGCUUGAUGUCAAGAAUGUGUUUCUUCAUAGGGACUUAAAGGAGGAGAUUUACAUGACUCCUUCCCCCCCCCACCCCCGGCCUUCGGGUGCCUCUGGGGGUCUGUUUGUCGUUUUUGCCGCGCUCUUUAUGGUCUCAAAUAGGCUCCACGGGCCUGGUUUCAACGGUUCACAGAAGUUAUGUGAGACUUUCUUGAUGGUUGAUUUAGGUUCGCUUCGUUACUUCUUGGGUAUCGAUAUUACUUCUCAUCCUGAUGAUUACCGUCUCUCUCAGCUGCGUUAUACUCACGACCUACUUGCUCGCUCUGGUUUGACUGAUACCCGUAUUGCUGCUACACCGAUGGAGUUACAUUUGCGGCUUCGUGCCUCUAAUGGGAUUCCCUUAUCUGAUCCUUCCCGUUAUCGACAUCUGGUUAGCAGUUUGGUCUACUUAGCCGUCACCCGUCCAGUCAUGUCCCAUGCAGUUCACAUCCUCAGUCAGUUUAUUGCGGCACCCACUUCUGUUCAUUAUGCUAAUUUUAUUCGGAUAUUGCGAUAUCUUCGUUGCACUGCCUAUUUAGAUGCUACCUGGGCCAGUUGUUCUGAUGAUCGGGUCUCUGUCACUGGUUACUGUAUCUUUCUUGGCUCUUCUCUUGUAGUUUGGAAGACCAAGAAACAGCCUACUGUUGCCAAGUUUAGUGCUGAGGUUGAGGACUUUGGUGUGCCCAUCACAUCUCCCAUUCCUAUUCACUGUGACAGUACUAGAGCCCUUCAGAUUGCUGCAGAUCCAGUCAAGCAUGAGUUGACCAAACAUUUUGGUUUGAAUGCACACUUCACACGAUGCCAUGUACGUGCCCAGACUGUGUCACUUCACUAUCUUUCUACAGAGGUCCAGGUGGCUGAUUUCUUCACCAAGGCAUAG